CAUACCGUCAAAGCCAUAGCUAUAAGUCUAUGGUCAAAGCAAAAACACAGCUGGUCGGUCUACGUCUCUGAACUUUGACGGUGCCGAUGGGAAGUCCAAAUGAUGCGGAAGUGUUACACUGUAGUUUGCGCACCGAAAUUCGCAUCGUUAUCGUCCGCCGCGUCUCGUGCAGCAUCUAAAUAUCCUGGCAUUUUUGUGAUUUGUGCCUAAUGCCCGCGACCAGUUUGUGAUACCUCGUCCCGUGUCCUCGGUGUGGUGAUAAUCCGUAAUUCCUUCUCUCCUCUCGCUUAUUUCUCGGUUUUUCUCUCCCGUUUAUCCCUAAUCGGUUUUUUUUCGUCUACUAUUUUAUGCGUUUGUGUUUACCUUCGGAACGGGACAAUCGGCAGUUUCUCUCCUCCCACACAAAGGAACCCUCAAGGCAUCUGCGCUGGCCUCUGUUCUUUGAUGAAUAUGACGAUAGAGUGAUGCUGGUCUCACCGUAGUUGAAAGCACGAAACCAGAACGUCCUCAGAGACGAACCUGCAAUCAAAGAUGGCGUCUACUAGCGGGCACAAAAGAAAUGGAUCCAGUUCCAGCAUGUUCGGUCACAAACGCACCGAAUCCGGCGGUGGCUUUAUUGGCCACAAACGUUCGGAAAGUGGCCACAAAAGAAACGAAAGCAUAUCAAGUGCUCUUGGCCAUAAACGGUCAGAAAGUGGUCACAAAAGGUCCGAAUCUGGCAGCAACUAUCACACGGGUCACAGGAGAAACGAAAGCAUGUACGCGAUGACUGGGCUCUACGCCGAAAGCACGGCUGCUGGAGAAGAUGCGGAUUUGUCACAGCCAAGCAGCAGUAGACUGACACAUGACACAGUGAUCAGGUGUCACAGUAGGAAUCCAAGUUCCGGUAUUGUUGAUCACAGAGAUUUCAUCAUCAAAUGUCACAGCAGGAAUCCCAGUGCUUCCAUGGUCGACAGGACUGAAAAAGAAAGAGCGCAGACACCACCGAUUAAUCCAGAUUCAAAGGACUGUGGAAUUUUAACAUGCAGGCCAAUUUUUAUACAAAGAUUCGCAGGGAUAAAGGUGUUCGUAUUCCUUCUGUCAUUCCUUGUUACGCUGCAGCAGGCACUUAGUUCUGGUUACAUUAAUUCUGUAAUAACAACAAUAGAGAAAAGAUUUGAGAUACCGUCAAGCCUCUCAGGUCUGAUCGCCAGUUCAUACGAAAUUGGCAAUGUAAUAACGGUGAUAUUUGUAAGCUAUUUAGGCAGCCGACGGCAUAUUCCCGUUUGGAUAGCAAUUGGCGCCGUGAUAAUGGGCAUUGGCUCAAUGAUUUUUAUGGUGCCUCAUUUCACAGCCGAACCUAACUUAGGUACAGCAUCGAAUAACUCAAGUUCAGAUAACAUAUGCCGUGGUGUAUCGCUGCGCGAACAAGACAUGGGCUUAGGCCGACUUUCUACCGGUUUAUCAUCGCCGCCUUUAGCCCCACACAAUAAUCUUCGCGGUGACAACUGCAUACAAGGGUCUCCUUCUACCGCUGGUCCGGUGAUGCUUUUCGUACUUGCGCAACUGCUUCUUGGUUGUGGUGGUUCACCUUUGUUCACUCUCGGAACAACUUACAUUGAUGAUCACGUCAGGCCGGAGAGUGCCUCUUUGUACAUCGGCUGCAUGUACAGUAUGGCAGCUUUUGGACCUGUUCUUGGAUUUCUUCUCGGUGCUUAUCUAUUGUCUUUUCACAUGGAUUCGUUCGCCGGAACUAUCAUCAGCAUAGAUCCAGGCGAUCAUAGAUGGGUUGGAAUGUGGUGGGGUGGAUUUUUACUCUGCGGUUUGCUGCUGGUAUUAGUGGCAGUGCCGUUUUUCAGUUUUCCGAAAACUUUACAACGCGAGAAAGAGAAAAUUCGGAUAAUUGAAAAGAGCAAGCCAAUAACAGCAAAGGAGAAAGAGCAGAACAAAGAACCCAUGAAGGAACAAACCUCUGACAAUACCGCUUAUGGCAAAGACGUCAAAGACAUUCCACGGAGCAUGUGGAGACUGGUGUGCAAUCCUGUUUACGUGGUGACAUGUCUUGGUGCCUGCAUGGAGCUGGUAAUAGUUUCGGGCUUCGUUGUGUUUCUGCCAAAGUAUUUGGAGACGCAAUUCAGUUUGGGAAAAAGCCAGGCCAGCAUAUUCACUGGUUCAAUCGCGAUCCCCGGUGCUUGUAUCGGCAUAUUCUUUGGUGGCUGUCUACUGAAACGUUUGGAACUGAGGCCUAAGGGUGCUGUUCAAUUCGUCCUAGUCUCAAAUAUAAUCUGCCUUGUUUGUUACGGCCUUUUGUUUUUCCUUGGCUGUGACAAUGUCAAAAUGGCCGGCACCACCAUACCCUAUUUUAACAGCACGACCAAAGGGCCUGAACCAUUUCAAGUUAAUCUUACUGCCGCCUGCAACUUUGGGUGCGAAUGCCGAAUGACUGACGUUGAACCAGUUUGUGGCAACAAUGGCUUGACUUAUUUUAGCCCCUGCCACGCGGGUUGCACGGCAUUCAGCUCAAAGUCCAACUUUACCAACUGCGCGUGCAUUCACGGUAAUCUCAGCAUGGUGCCACCAGCUGCGCCGGAAUUCGCUGAAGUUACUGUUGUUCCCGUUGCUACGGCUGGCCCAUGCACCUCGCCUUGUAGGACUAUAUUUCCGUUUCUUAUUCUAUUAUUCUUCAUGACCUUCAUUGUCGCUGUAACACAGAUGCCUUUAUUAAUGAUCGUAUUACGAUCCGUCUCUGAAGAGGAGCGGUCCUUUGCUCUUGGAAUGCAAUUUGUCAUCUUCAGAUUGUUCGGGUAUAUACCAGCACCUAUAUUGUUUGGCAAUUUGAUAGAUUCAACGUGCAUUCUGUGGAAAAGUACUUGCGGUGAAAAAGGGGGCCGCUGUUUGCUUUAUGACAUUGAACAAUUCAGAUACAGAUACGUCGGACUUUGUGCCGGUAUAAAGAUUCUGGCGUUGGCACUAUUUUUGGUCGAUUGGUGGCUAGUGAGAAGGAGAAGACACCUCGAAGAACAUCCGCCACCAUUGACAGUCAACGAAGUUGUCGGAUCGAUAAUCAGCCUAGACAAAUUGUUUGAAGAAAGACCGCAACAUUUGAACACUGCUGAUGGUGACACAACUUCACCAAGCACCGAGGGGCCAACGCCAUCUUCGAUUUCGUCACCCACCGAGCCAACAAAGUCUACAAAUCUUGAGGAAACGGAAUCAUCAAAUCACACCGAAGCGUCGAAUGACAUCAACAAUCCUCAAACAAAAGAUCCUUUUGACAUUCCUGACACAAGGCAAGCUCCGCUUGCCACAGAAGAUUUGGAGGUAGAGAUCAAGCGGCCGGACAGUACUGAAAAACUUCAUCCGAGUGUUUAAUGAGGGCUGGCAUUAGGAUAUUGAAUUUGAAUGUACAAUUCUCACACGGCGUAAGUUUGUGGAAAUUAUUCUUAUUUCUCUUCAUACGUAUGCUCUUUGAGAUGAUGAUACCAAGUAACUGUGUGUGCGUGUGUGUUUCUGUUUCUCUCUUUUUCCGUCUUUUAAUUUUUUUUUUUAUCGCGUGUAUGACUAAAUUUUUUGCAAAAAUACUGAUCUAUGAUUUUUUAGAUUUUUUUUUUGCACAAGCCUUACAGGUCUUGUUCAAAGCAGCUACAUAUCUAGUCGGGUGGUAUUGAAUUAAAUGAUGUUUAACAAGAUUAAACUUAAACAGUAGCCAUGUUAAAAAUACGUCGUUCGGUAUUUUUAACCAUCGCCAUUUCUAUUCUCAUCAGGAUUUCAAAAACCGUGUGGAAGGACCCCAACGUUAAUUUAUAUAUUGAAAAGAAAGGCGCUUGGCGGAGAGUUGCUGAAUAAUUUCUCGUGAAUUAAUGUCGCACUCCACUACAAUAUAAAUGAAUUUAUAUAAAAGAAAGAGCAAAUAAAGACUUGCACUUAUAUCACUAGAAAUAAAUUUUUCAAAUUGACGCAUGGACAAAGUUUAUAAGUUUUAUCUCCUUGAACUCUGAAAUAGAGUCGUAAAAUUGUCCAUUUUCCCGCGCAUGAAGAGAAAAAACGCCUUUUACAAAUAUUUCAAUAAACCCGUAAAAUUUCUAAGAAUUAUAAUAUUGAAAGAAAAGGUGUAACUGCCUACAUAUUUUUUUUUUUUUUUUUUUUUCCCUAUGAAUACUGAAUCUUUGCUCUAUUGAAGAUACAAUGAGCGCGCGUAAAACGUAAAUAAAAUUGAUAAUGUACAUAAAUACAUAUGUGUAUAUAUAUAUAUGUCGAACAUAUAAGAUUAUAUAUUCGAUAUAUGUACAUACAUAAAAAUUCCUGCCUUAAGAAAUAUAAGACUAGAAAAAUGAUUAAAUAAUGAAGUAAGACGUAUCUAACUCUUAUAGACACACACACGGUAUAUGCGCUAAUCCGCGUUAUUUUUACCAAUUUUCGUUCCGCUUCUGAUUUUGAAUUUUUAUGUCAAUAUACGGCAGGCAGCUGGUCAAAAUCAGUAGCUGGUCAAAAUUACAUGGAAUAUCGCAUAUACGAUAUACAUAUAUAUACACACAAGACAUUUGUUACGAGCGUUUCUUACAGGUGUUGAAAAAAUGCACCAAGGUUAUACAGUUUAUGUUUUAGUAUAUCCUUUGUGGUACCUGCACCAAACUCUCGUAAAAAAAAAAAAAAAAAAAAAAUAAAUAAAAAAAGGUCUAUAUAAUAUAAAACAUAAACGAAAUAUAUCAUUAAAUUGUAAGAAACUUGAACAGUGAUUUAUUUUUAAAAUUAUAGAAAAGUACUAUCACAGCUUUUCUCGAAGUAGAAAAAAAAAAAACAAUUAUAUAAAAGAAAUCAGUCAAUAUAGAGUAGCAAAGGAAAAAAACAAACAAAAUUCCAAAAAAAUUAUGAGGUAAGCUAUGAAAAAUUUGAAGAUGAUUUUUUGUUUUAUUUUUGUAUGAUAAAUUUAAGCACGUAAUUACAUUAUGAUCUGAUACUUUUUUAUUCUUGGGCGUUGAGAUUACUAUUCACCUUGGUCUCGUUUACCUCAAAAACAGCAAUUGUAUAACGUGGCGUAUAUUCGUAUCCUAGAUGCUUCCAAGUUGGACAUUUUUCUUAUUCAUCUGAUAUCGUUGUAUUUUAUUUUACUCACUUAUGCAGCGCAUCUGAACUUGAUCUCCGAUUAUAAAAUAUUUGUACAUUAAUUAAGAUCUUAAAUAUGCAACGUAACGGUACGAAAAUUAUUAUUGUGCUUUCUGUUUGUUUUAGUUGAAUUAAGUAAUGACAACAACGCGUAAUUGACUUAAUGCUAUUGAAUCGUCUGUACAAAUCAAAUGUGUAAUGAUAGGUGAAAAGAUAUUCGCUACCCUAGUAUGCUCAAUUGUUUAAUAAGGUACAUGUUUAAAAGUUCGUACAUGAAGUACCCGAUUUGUCUGAUGAUUUUCAGCUUAUCUUAUUGAAUCUCAGAUUAUAUAUAUGGUGUAUGAUAAACAAUUGUGACAGCAAUUUCUGUCAAUUGUUCAACUAAAAUCAGCCCCAAAGUGAUGGAUAUUUACAUAUACGUAUAUCUAUUUUUUUUUCAAAGCGAAUUACAGAAUUUGAAUGUGAAAAUUCCCUUGAAGCAUAUUGUGAUUACAAUAUCUUGACUUAUAUCUUCGGUGCGUUAGUGAAAAAAAAUCAACAGGGAAAAGUAUAAAUUAAUUCUGGUUAGAGUAAUAUACAAAAAAAGAAAGGGAAUUUUCAAGUUUAAGGAAAAAAAGCAACGGUUGGUGUCACCUUGAUUGUAUACUUGAUAUUUUUGACAAUUUGACAAUUAGAAGCAACAUAUUAUGUACAUAAAAUAUUGUAUAUCAUUUGAGAUGAAUUUUCGUUCGAUCAUUAAUUGAUUAAAACAUUAUUCAUGAAAAAAUGACGCGAAGCUGACUUAUGAUUGUAAUCGUGUCGCUUAAAACUAUACAUAUAUCAAUAUUACCGAUUACGAUACUUAAAAUACUCUUGUAAGUAUAUAUAUUAUAUUACGUAUAUAUACACACGUAGUAUAUCUAAAUUUUCAACUGAAUAUUUGUUUAAUGACACAUUCAAAUAACUACCACACACUUUUAAUAUUAUCACAAUUUCUAAAUAACACGCUACAGAAAUUUUUCAAUUACCACAUUUAAUCAUGAUUACUAACACUAUUAUUAAUGUUAUUAUUAUCAUUAUUAUUAGUAGCAUUGUGUAUGAAACUCUUAUUUUAGAAUUUAUGACAAAAUUGUCGUGUUUGAUGGCAAGCCAUAAUUUGCUAAAUCCGCUGGUAUUAUAGACAGAAUGAAGAGCAGGAUUAGCCAGAAACUGUCUAAAUCGGAAUCACCAGUAUGGAGGAAAGAGAAAAUGUAAAACUAAUGCAUCCGCUGGAACUUGACGGUGAAAAAUGUGGCUAAUUAUUCAAAAUAAUCUGCACCUGGUAAAGUAAAUAGAUGGAUUAAAUUAUGACUGUUAGUCAAAUUUUUAUUUUGCUUUUAUUUUAUUUUUUUAUCAUUAAAAUCGAGACAUCGAAAGAGCUAACAGUGUUUAAUGUACUUGACAUUGAAAUAUAUCCUAGUCGCGGAAAAAUUUCUACUGCUAGCUCCUGCAAUGAUCUUGAAAUAUUGACCCGAUUUUUAAAAUUGAAAUCGCAAACGGUGAUAGAUGGCUAUAAAAAUUAGAUUGGUGAAACUUCUUGUUAUAUUGCAACAUUCCCAUGUGAUGACAAAUGCAAAUAUUUCAUAAAUGUACGUAUAUGUUUCUAAAAUUUUGGAUUCUGACCCUUCUAAGUUCUAACUCUGCCAACUUAUGUGUUGCUCAUUUAUAGAACUGUCAGAAUUCAAGGUGGCAUGAUGUAAAACUAAAGCGCAACUAUCCAAAUGAGCAUUUCUUCCUAUUCUUAUUUGCUGCCCUAUGUUUUGCUUUCAUUCCAUUCGAAAUUACUUACUUAAAACUUGUCAAAUGAAGUAGACAUUUUUAGGGUUUGAGAUUGCAAUUUUCAAAUACUUGCAUCUGACUUCAAUCCAGGGUUAACAGAAUAUCUAAAACUCAAUCCAAUGAGUAAAUUUCAAAGAAACAACAACGAAAUUCAUAGAA